GGUAGCUGACAACACGGAUUGGUUUGUCAGUGACCAACCAAAUGACUAAUUCCGAAUACAGAAAUCAAAUCGGUUAAUGCGAGAGGUAGAGAGCGCGAGCCAUAAGCGAUACGCGCGCGAGAACGGACAUUGGACAUGAAUGAUACAGUUAGUGAGGGGGUCGAAAACAAAGACAGACCUGCAAAUGUUUGUGAAUUAGGGGCUGUUUUGAACUAAUUAAAAGCAGGUUGAAUUUCAGCCUAUUUUAUUUACCUUGGUUUGCCCAUAACAAGUAGCAAAUGUUUGUGAAAUGCUGCAAAUUUGUGAAUUAUUAAGACCUUCUUGUCAACUUUUCAGCCACUUACUUUGUAUGUGUAGCUAAAAACCUCAGACAAGCAGUCAGAAGGUGAGGAAGGAAAGAUGGAGCAAUAUACAGCUACAACCGGGGAUCAGAUAGUGGUGCAAGCUGCCAAUGGGCAAAUCCAGCAGCAGGCUCAGGGCACCGUAACCACAGUACAGCUGCAAACAGAAGCACCCGUCGCUACGGCAACAGGCCAGCAAGUGCAGACGCUCCAGGUAGUCCAGGGUCAGCCAUUGAUGGUCCAGGUGAGUGGCGGGCAGCUGAUAACGUCCUCAGGUCAGCCCAUCAUGGUACAGGCCAUGUCUGGAGCUCAGGGCCAGACCAUCAUGCAGGUGCCUGUGUCUGGAGCUCAAGGCCUUCAGCAGAUCCAGUUGGUUCAGCCGGGUCAGAUUCAGUUGCAAGGAGGUCAAACUCUGCAGCUGCAGGGUCAGCAGGGUCAGGCUCAACAGAUCAUCAUACAGCAGCCCCAGACUGCCAUUACAGCGGGCCAGAACCAGGGGCAGCAGAUUACAGUACAGGGGCAGCAGGUUGCCCAAACAGCUGAAGGACAGACCAUUGUAUACCAGCCUGUGAACGCUGAUGGCACAGUUCUGCAGCAGGGCAUGAUCACCAUCCCAGCAGGCACCCUGGCAGGCACUCAGAUUGUCCAGGCAGCAGGGGCUGCUAACACCUCCACAACCAACAGUGGGCAGGGCACAGUCACCGUUACCUUGCCAGUAUCCGGAAACAUGGUGAACGCUGGGGGAAUGGUCAUGGUAAGACCUCCUGAUGAGAUGGUGCCGGGUGGUGGUGCUGUGCCAGCCAUUCAGCGAAUCCCUCUGCCAGGGGCCGAGAUGCUCGAAGAGGAGCCACUUUAUGUUAAUGCCAAGCAAUAUCAUCGUAUCUUAAAGAGACGGCAAGCUCGUGCCAAGCUGGAGGCAGAGGGCAAAAUCCCUAAAGAAAGAAGGAAAUACCUUCACGAGUCACGUCACAGACAUGCCAUGCAGCGGAAACGUGGUGACGGGGGGCGCUUCUUCUCACCUAAAGAGAAAGAAGAAAUGGCCUUGGCCAUGCAGGUGAGAGCGCAGGGCCAUAUCAAGCAGGAAGACCUCCGCAAUGCCACCGAACUCGCGAGUGCACAUUGGCUGCCUGAGCACACUCCGCCCCUCGCAUAGACGCUCAUCUCCGCUGUCAUUAAACUCCUUAGCAGAUUGAUUCUCACUCCUUUCGUGGUGUGACAUGCUGUCAUUGGCUGCUCUUGCACGCAUCACCUCCUGCUUUUCCCUGUGCUUGUUGGCUGCUUGAGUCUGUCCCAUCAGGUCUCACUGCUAGUUAAGCAUUCAUGCAAACAGACUGCAUGAUCUGCAAAAUCUGCCUGUGGUAUUUUACAACCUGCCUGUCUGAACUUGGAUUUCCAAUUCUGUGAUAUUUAACAAGAAAAAGAUCAACUUUUCACAGUAAUGACACAAUCAGGAUGAAAUCACUGAUAUUCCUUGCACCUUACUGAUGCAGCUCUUCAGGACUAAGAAUUGCUAAUGCAAUGUGACUCUGUUUGAUCUAAGCGACAUUAUUAUUAACAGCAUGGAGGUUAAAGAAAGCAUGAGAGAACUGCCAUUGGCAAACUGUCAGUUUCAAUCAUGAAAUCGCUGCCUGAAAAUAUGAAAAUGAUUUUUUUGAGGGACCAGUUUAAAAGAAAUGUGAAAUUUGUUUGAUAUGUAUAUAUUUUGUUGUUUACUACAUUUACUUUUUUUUUUUUUUUUUUUUUUUUUUUUUUGAGGAAGCAUUUGUGUUUUUUUUUUGUGUUUUUUUUUGUGGAUACUGUCCUUUCUUGCUUGUCUUUACUUGUGCAGUGUCGUCACUUUUCAUUUUUGUCGCAUGUUGUGAUUUUUAUGAUGAAUAAACAUUCUGACUGACUUCUAAAAGGUUCACUGAGAAAAAUAACAAUUUACAACCAAAUUCAACUACCAUUUUAAAGUUGGCGGUCAGUAAGCUAUAUAUAAUUAAGAUAUAAGAUAUAUAAUUUUAAUCAGCAAGGGCACACUAAAGUGCUCAAAAGUGACAGUAAAGACAUUUACAAUGUUAAAUUCUAUUUUAAAAAUGCUGUACUUUUAAACUUUAUCGAAGAAUCCUGAAAAAAAAAAAGUAAGUUUCUACAAAAAUAUUAAGCUGCACAACUGUUUUCAACAUUGAUAAGAAAUGUUUCAUGAGCAGCAUAUUAGAAUGUUUUCUGAAGGAUCAUGUGACUCUGAAGACUGGAAUAAUGAUGCUGAAAACUUUGAUAUCACAGGAAUAAAUUACAUUUUCAAAUAUAUUAAAAUAG